GAGAGAGAGAGGGAGGGAGGGAGAGAGAGAGAGAGAGAGAGAGAGUCUCGCGCGGAGGGAUAGAGGACAAAAACGUGACUAGGCAGCCUAAGAGCUGUUAUGCAACCACUGACCUACUAACACAUAUUUCUAGAAAGGGAGCCGAGAAACUAGAGCAAAGUGUCCGGCAUCAUACCACACACAGGCAGACCGAGCCAAGAGACGGAAACAGCUAUCCACCCGACCCACUGACUCGACCACAACUGAACCAGCACACCGACACGAACAGGAGAAGAAACUUUUCGUUUUUUGGUGGAGCUUUCUUUGAGGGAACGAGUAAAAGGAGGAAACAGCGACCGAGACGGCUUUGUGUCCGGGAAGCCUGAAAAAUUUUCCCCUCCUCCUCCAGGACAUGGAAAGGUAAUAUUCUGAACCAGUUAACUUUCACCCUUCGUGUUUGCCUGUUUCUAACCUUGUAUUUAUCCACAUUUGUGCUUAAUUGUAUCCGUCUGUUAAAAAUGAACAUUGUGCUCGCGGCAGGUUAUUGUUCACAUGGCGACUCGCGGAUAUGCCGGGCAGAUCCGCGCGCCCGUGACUUUGAGAGGUUGCGGCUGUUUUUGUCAUAUUAAACACGGGGGGGAUCGUCGUCUAAUGCGCUACAUUGUAACCCGUGUAGCUGCAAUAUUCCGCUUUAAUUCUCAUAGAAAACACUCGGUGUGAAUGUGAAACAGAGGUUUGCGUUAUCCCACAUUAGUGCUCAAUGUCAAGGCGAGGUUGUUUCCUCAUGGUGGUGGUUUCUAGUGAAUAGGGGGCAGCUGCUGUACUCCGGCUGUGUUGUCUGGUUUUACGCAGACACACACAGUCAAGCUUAUGCUACAUUUCGCUCCUGCACGUGGCAUGCUGUUAUAGUCGUUUCUGUUUAUAUGUAGGUCACUAGUUCACUCUUGUUACUCAGACAUUGAUCAAUACUUUUGGAAAUGCAAUGUGGAGAAAUUGAUUAAAAAAUGAGGUUUGCUUUUUGUGGAUACGGAUUUUCCUGUUAUAAUAACACACUGCCUUUCACAUGAAGGGAUAUGUAAAUGCAGAUUAAAUGCAAAAAAAAAAAAAAAAAAAAAAAAAAGCAUUAAGUGGUUAAUUCAGUGGAAAAAUGCACAAUGCAACAAUAAUAAAUUGCUCAUAACUCCUCUUAGACAUGUUCUGAUGUGUUGCAGGUUUUUUUAAUGUAAAAUUAAAAAUAUUUAGAUGUUAGAAAAACAGGAAAAAAUGUCUGAUUUUAUUCAAUGCCAUCCGCGGAUGACUUUUUUACCCGCACAAGGUGUGUUAAAUAAACCACAGGGCUUUGCUUUGAGGGAGUUGGAGGGUAUGACAUAACCAGCACACAGCAGGGAGACGCAAUAAACAGCCGCUCUCUCCUGGGACAGACUGGCCUGUAAUUGAUUCCAGUUCACACCCUGUGCUUUAUUCCAAUCAUUCAUACCCAGCUGGCUGCCAAAUCCUUAUGUACGGAGAAGAGGAAGAGUGUAAAGAUGUACAUGAGCACAAAAUGUAUUCAAGAAGUGUUUGACCUUUAUUUAGACAGAUUAUUUUCAUUAAGCUACGGUCUCAUUUUCAGCGUCUGUGAGCUAUUUUUAACACGUUCAGCCUUCCUCCAAAACAAAAAAGGGAACAGAAAAAGUAGAGUUAUGAGUGACCUAAAUUAAAAGCUUUUUUUCUUUCCUCCUGUUUCCAAAGAUUGUGUGUUCUCACUGUGGACUUUGUUGUGAAAUUAGAAUAACAAAUGAAAACUCAGGCUGUGAUGCAAUGCAUGGAAACCCCUGUCUGGCAGAGGCAGGCAGUGUUCUGGUGAGCUCUUAGUCCGCCUGCUGCCAGUUGGUCUGCUUUCAGAGUAGUCUGCAUAGCUCUGUCCCGGCUAACUCUACGAAUAUAGGUCAGACCUGUAACUGGGUUUGGAAACACACGAGGUGUAAGAGGCAACUGUCUUUUGCUUUGAGGAAUUUAAGACCACGCAUAACUUGGUCAUUUCAGCUCCCCGUUUCACACUAUAUCCAGUUACAUGCUUGUUGAUUUUAUCUCCUGGUGAUCGUGCAAACUAAAAGACGUGACCUUUCAGCAAAGGAAUGGACUUCAACUAUAGGAAAAAAGGGUUUUAACUUCAAAAAUAAAGAUAAGGAGUAACACUAAAUAGAUGUGAAUGAUAAUAAUACGAUGUGAGAGUUUUAGUAAUGUCAAAUUUAAUGGGUUAACUCCUCUCCAAAUUUGCAUUUAUCUGUUAAAUUUAGUGAAAAAGACAGAAAGGGUUGACGUGUUUUAGGACACGAUUAAAGAAUUAAACGGCACAGAGCCCUUCGUCUCCAAGGCUGACCUGGUUUGUCUGAAUUCCUGUCUCCUAGUUUUGUUGUUUGACACAAAGCCAUGGGGCAAAAUGGAGGCUCUGAGCUGGGGGCCCCUCCACGUGUGUGGUGGUGGUGGAUCACUAAAAAAGAUGGAGGAGGGGAAGAGGAUGCUGUGUGUUUUACUCACACUUGCCUCAGUAGAGGUCAAAGGUGAAGCAUUCCUCCUUAUCUAGUGAGUGUCUGGGAAAUGUGUCAAAGUUGUUCUCCAGCGGAAACAACGAGUUUACAGUGGCUCGUGGCGAAUCUUUGAAUUCGUAGGACCUGUAACACAAAGCACUUUGUUCUACAUCGUGUUGUUUGGGAAGUACUAUACAAAUAAAGAUUGAUUAAUUGAUUGAUUAAACCCUUAUUAACACACUUUUAUCCAGUGCACAGGGAUCACAGUAAAGGGGGAACGUUUAGGACAUUCACAGCCAGUAACCUGUAGCUUCUGCUGCUGUGUAAAUGUGCGUAUGUUACACAAGCUUUGCUUUGCAACAAGAGACAUUCAGAGCACGUACGCAACAACAGCAGCCCCUCCCCAUGCAGUCCUCAGAGAGAGCCUGUUAUGUGUGAAUUUGGCUGCAGAGAUGGGUGUGUGCUCUGACGUCAAUGCCAACGCUGUAUCUCUCACUAUUGUUUUUCAUCUGCAACUAAUGCAUAUUAUGUCUGAGGUGGUGUUGGAGGGUUUCUAGAGCGGACCAGAAUUAACGUUGCAUGAAAACCACUGGGGCUUUCAUAAUCAGAUUUUGAGGCGGAUGACGUAUCCCUUCCUCUCUUUUUUUAUUCCUCCUGCUGCAGAUUCUGUAAAAUUCCUCUCGUUUCCACCAACUGAAUUCCUCAUGUCAACCCAUCCCUUUUUUUGCUUCCUCCCUCCCUCACCUCUUUCUGUUGCUCUAUUUUUAGAGUGCACUCUAAUACUCUCUUUCCCUCUCCUGCCCUCCCUCCCUUGCAGUCCUACUGACCUAUUUUAUGGCGCACCGUCAAAGACAGGAGGAGUGUUUACUGCUUAGCGUCGUUUCUAGGUCAGUGGGACAGAGAGACGAGUGCGUGCUUCCUUCCCAUCCGCCUUUGUUUCGCGCGCAGGGUGGGGGGAUUUUUCCGGGGGGGGAGGAGGUGGGUAGCUAUUGGCCCUACAUUUUUCCACAUCUGUUGGUAGUUGUGUCCUAAUCCUUUUCUGUUCGGCAACGCUCGACUCGAGGUUUCAGACACAGAAAAAAUGAGGUUAAAGUUUUAAGGAGGGAACUCAUAAUAAAGAGAAAAGACAACUCAACAAAGUGAGUGAAUGAAUUAAUAGAUUAUUAUUCUGAACAUUAGUUUAUAGAUUAUUAUUCAAAGCAGUGGGCUGUUUCAAGGUCACAAUGGUGGUUUUGUGAGUGUUAUGUAACCAGAUUGUUGACUCUGUGGGAAGAGAAGAAAUGCAGUAACCAGGCGGGGCAUGACACACAUGCGGUUCAGUGGCUGUUAAACAUCGUUUUGGCGCCGUGCUGUUUGUGAUAUGAGUGAAAUACAAAGCAGGGAAACACUCUGGAGUCAGUUGUGUUUACCAGGAGCACUUUAUUAGCACUCUGAGGUGUUACAGCGUCUGUCUGUUUGUGCUCUCGCUGUGAAAGUUUGAAUAAAGGGAGUAGUCGGGGCGUCUUCUUUGUUCGGAUCUGCUUUCAAUAAAACUAAUAGAUUAUAAUUCAGGAGUAUGCGCUAUCUUAACCAGACCUGUGUAAUGUCUGGAUGCAACAGUUUUCAUGUCCUGGUUUUUACCUUUUAAGUGAAAAAAAAAUAACUUAAAUCUGAGGGACUAAAAACAGAGCAGCUGGAAUUUUUGUGUUACUAGGAAAAACAUUAAUACUGCUAUGGCGAUUUAAAAAAAGCACACGAUUGAUGACAAACGUUUGUGUUUCUUAGCUUCUAAUUCCAGUGUUGGGAAAUCUACACCAAAGGAGUCAUUGUCAGCCACAGGCACACUGACCUAGAUUCCCAUAUUCCCUCCGUGUGUGUCAUAUAAAAGAUAUUUUCAUGUUUGUCAUGGGCUCAGGGGGUUGGCUCAGGCGUAAUGACGCACUAGUAAUUACUGCGUAUAAACUGUGCAGUGAAAGAACUAGUGGCCUGUAACGAGAACAGCAGCAGCAGCAGCACUUAGUUGUUACAUAAUGCCGGAGUCAACGUCCAUCUGCGCUGCAUUCAGCAUCAUUGUUCAUUUUCUUGUGUGGGGGCAUAGAAGAGAGCGAGGUUUCCCUUUGUGUUAUUUUGUUGACACUGCAUAGGGAAGUUCAGCAGCUUGUGUUGUGUAACCGCAAACAGUUUGACGGCUAUCAAGGAAACGGAGACAUGACAGAGUUGUCGCCCCUCCCCCACAGACAUACACAAAAACCAACACAGACAACGUGCAAUAAUUCAGAUUUCUUUUCUAUUUUAAUUAAUUAAUAAAUGAACUAUGAGAGGAUUUUUUAGUUACCUUAAAUUUUAUUAUACUAAUAAAGCACAAUGACAGAAUAACUAUAUUUCCAACCUGACAGUCUUUGCAGGGUUGACAUCGGGUCAUGUUAGGGCUGGGCGAUAUAGCCUCAAAUCAAUAUCAUGAUAUAUUGAGCAGUUCACCUCGAUAACGAUAAAUGGACGAUAACUACUCCACAAGCUGCUCAACCCCUCCCACAUUAACUUCAUUUACUUCUUAAAGGGACAUGAGACCAUAGCCUACCUACAAACAUCCAAAACCAACUUGUAUUUAUCUAUUUUUUUGACACUGAAUAUACCGACAUGGGCAAAAUGACAUCGGUUAUUGUCAUAAAUUUCUCUUUAUCGCCCAGCCCUACAUCCCUCUAACCUUUCUUUUUCCCCUGCAUUAAAGACGAUACAGAUGAUAAGAGUUGUGAAACUUUUAGGGUUAUGUCAAAGACAGUGUAUAAAUCUGUACACUGUAGAGAGAUGAAACCCACAUAACAGUGUUCAUAAAUCUGUGUCGACCUGACUGAAAAGUUACGUGUUUGUAUGCCACAGUGAACUGUAGUGGUUACACAGAUCAUCUAACGGUGUCUUUCUCCUUCUCCCCUCUCUCUGUUUCUCUAACCCAGUUAGUGGUCAGCAAACGGCAGCACUGAAUCUGGAUCCUCAGGGAGCACCAAAGUAGACAGACUGACCUACAUCUUCUGAAAGACACUCAAAGAAGCAGGGCAGCCGCCUGACAGGCAUCACAGCUCUACUAAAGAUUUAGGAAGACGCAGACGAACUCUGUCUCACCUCCAGCAAGACUCCAGGGAUCACUUUGAACAGUUUGCUGGGAUUUAAGCAAAGACUCUUCGCUAUAAAAAAAAAACAAACUUGCUUCUUUUUAUUGGUUUCGUGUUCAGAACACGAGUUCAAUGUCUGAGGUGUUUGUUGAAUUCCACCUCUUUUUAAUCUUCUUGGCAAACUUGGACACUUGAGCGAUUUUAUCUAGGAGACAAGGAAAAGGAAAUCAAUGAGGCUAUCUUUUCGAGGAGCACAAAUACCUCAUCAAGAAGUUUUCGCAGAUCCUGCGACAUAACUCCCGAAUAACAAAAGCAGCAAGUGUCAUAUCGUUUUACAUCUUUCCCUUCACCCCCUUGCCCUUUGCUAGAGUUACACUCUAGCGCCCAAGUCGGGAAAAAAUGGAAAGUCUGAGUUUACACCUCCCGUCUACCAGCAACAAAAAUGCCAUGGAAGUAGAUACUUUAUCUUCCUACAGUGGAAGCCUUCCAUCUCCCAAUCCUGAAGGCGGGGCAAGAGUCAGCCGUCAGAGUAAAGGCUCCAAGCCCAACGUGACCUGCCGCCGCAAGAGAGAGUUCAUCUCUGAGGAGAAGAAAGAUGCGUCCUACUGGGAAAAACGCAGGAAGAACAACGAAGCAGCUAAGCGCUCAAGGGAAAAACGCCGCCUGAAUGACAUGGUGUUGGAAAACCGGGUCAUGGCGCUGAACGAGGAGAAUGUCCGCCUCAAAACUGAACUCUUACAGCUCAAGUUGCGCUUCGGUCUAAUCAGCACAGCUUCCUACAUGGAGAAAAGUCAGCAGAUCUCCAACAGCGUUGCUAAUGCUAAUGCUAGCAGCACCAACGGCACCCCGAACAGUAACGCCUACCUCUCAAGUAGCGGCUACUCCAGUGCAUCCCAGGUCAUGCAGAAUUCUGAUUCAUCGGAAACCGAACAGUCAAGCCGCGGAGAUCGCCACAACAUGCUCCACAGUUACUCUCCACGGGGGUCCAUCUCCGACAUGUCUGAUGCCUCCUCAAGGGACAGCCCAGAACCCAUGGGCUACACCAUCAAGAGGGAGCCGUCAGGUAUGGAGAUGGCCCGGCUGGAAAGCAACGAUAUGACCAAUGGGACCCCCAAUGGUGUGUCAAGUGGGGCUUACCAUGGCAGCCACACUCACCAGCAAAACACCUCGUUGGCUGAAAGUGCCAUGGACUACCAGCACCACCAACAGCAGCAGUGCCACAUGGAGGCCUCCAGCCCGGCCCCUCAGGCCGCCUCCGCACAGAGGAGCGUUAUUCUGUAUCGCUCCAGCAGCGGCUGUUAUCCCAUGGAGAGCCAGCGGCCGGAAGACCAGCAGUCCCAGCAGAGCAGACCAGUGCAGCACACCACAAAGUUCUCAGACUGCUCAGUGACCAUCACAGAGGUCGCUGAGAAGCUGGAGAGGACAAAGACCAUGGACUCUCCUCAGUAUGAGUACUCUAACGAUCACGAUGAGCAAGAGGAGGAACUCCAGCAAAGGUACAGCGCCAGUGCUCAACAGCAACAUGAGAAUCGUCAUGGGCACUACAGCUACCAGAGUCACGAGAGCAGUCUUCAGCAUGCAGGGAACCACCAGAAUCCCUUCGCCCCUGAUCUGAUCCACAACACUGAGGAGGGCAAGGCCUCCUUCCGACAGCACAAUGGCUACCUCAACACGCUGGAUGAAGAGCCUCCAGUGUUAACCUACGAAGGAGGCCCUCGAGCUGACGGCUUCUACCAGGAAAACUCCUCCGCUAAGGACACUUCGUCCAGCGAUGGAGACCCCCGUAGCUCUGACAAGGAAGGCUCCACAGACGAUGAGUCUCCCUCUUCAUCCUCCUCAGACAUUAGCAGUUAUCACCAGAAGGUGGCUGGAGCUUCCAGUUCACACGGCGAGUGCCAAGCCGAGGUCAGAACCACUGCCCUGCCCCACAAGCUCCGUUUCAAGUACAUUGCCUUGUCCAACGGAGCAGCAGCGAGCACGCCGCUGGAGGGACACGUGAACACCUCCAUGUCUCCAUCUCCCAAUUUGCCUCAGCAUCCUUAUUUAGCUCUUCCCAGCAACCCUCACAGCACCCUGGCCCACGUGGAGGGCAAAGAGGUGGAGAACGAGACUGAGUACGCAGAACAUGUCAAGCCUCAGGUGAACGAGAGGGGGGAGGCUAAAAAAGAGGCGGGGAAGAAGGGAUCCAGCAGCAGCAGCAGCAGCAGUAAGGGUGGACGCAGUAAGAGGCGUGAUUAAGGACAAACAGGAGCAGCUUUUUAUCACACCUCUUUGUUGUCUACAGCUGACAGACUAUAACAAUGACUCACAUCGCCACCUCUCGAGAAAGGAGAGAAAAAUCCUCGUAGGGUGACGUUAGGAUGUGAUAUCAACAUUUCACUGUGUCACCUGUUCCCCUUUCCUCUACUCUGUCCUACCUCCCACCUAUCCCUCCAAUCCAGAUAAACUAUCACUCUCAGCAAGAGAGGGUAGGAAUGAAACUCUGCAGAGCUGGAGACAGGGGUACUCCCCUUGAGGAAAUUUCAACAUUAUUCAAUUAUUCAUUGUUGUGGACUGCCCAGAAGGCCGGCCAGCAUUAUUGUGGCAUUAUGGGAACAUUUGUUUAACCAAAGAAUUUGCAUCCUUCCUUUAGCAUCUCUCUCUUUCGUGCAGAGUUACAUUCUUCCUCUCUCUUUCACGUCAUCAUCUUACACCCUCUUAACUAUGUGCACACAAGAUCCCCUCACUUCUGAAGCACUUAGAUUGUAUAUUACUGUGACAUAUAAAUUUGCAUAUAUGGAAUAUAUAUUUUAUGAAAAAAUACAUGAAAAAAACAACAACAACAACAAAAAAAUAGAAUAGCAGGAUUUGGAGGUGGUAGACUUAAAAAGUGAUGGGUUUGUUCUUGUGGAGUCACGUUGUACAGUCCCUCUUUGUCUAGAAAAAUGCCUCAAAUUUUCUUUAGCUAAAAAAAAAACUGAGAGCCACAACUUGUAAAGAAUAAAAGGAGUAAAAAUAGAAAGGUACACUUUUCUCAGAUUUACAAAUCAAGAGCCUCAUUCAGGUGAUCUGAGUUUUUUGACUCUCAAAGCUGUCAAAACACUCAAGGCCAGUUAUUAUAACGCAUAUCAGUCAAGGCUAUGCAGUCACAUUUUACUGUUGGCGAAACCUGACAAGCACAAGGCGAGCCCCCCCCGGCUCGCCUCAAAACACCAUGACAAGUUUGUGUUCGAGACGAACAGAUGUCUGUGAAUUAAUUGAAACGGCUCUCCAGUUGCAAAACCAGCAAAGCUGCUCUUUCUACAUAAGGUGCCUCUUUUGUUGUGUUGUCCCUCGUUCUAAGUUCAGCCAAUGUCUUAAAGAUCCCACUCGAGCCUGCACUGAUUUGUUUUAGCGACAUUAGAUCAUACAGUCAAAGUUUAACUGUUUCACUUCCUGGUGCCUGCCUCUGGCCACUAUGUAUAAAUGUAAAAUUGUCUCUCAAUCUCUUGUAUACUGCUGUUAUUAUUUUAUUAUAAUUUUAUUAAUAUUGUUAUUUUCUAUUAUAUUCGGUUUAUUAUUGUUAUUAUGUGUAUUUUUCUGUUAUCCUGUUGUGUCAUUUUUGCUCUUUGCUAUUCCUGUUUGUGCUGUGUAUUUACCCAUGCUCCUUUACCCCAGUUACCAUUCGUAUUCUGUGUGUUAUCGUAUAACCUUUGUUGUUCGCCAAAAGGCUUCCUGAAAUGGAAAAAAAAGAAAAAGGCGUGUCCAGAAUUGAUUAUGUAUUGCUAUACUUCAUGUGGAUAUGCAAACGGUUACAAAAACACUCAUUUUUGAUGGGAAAAAAAUAAAAGUUUGUUGAAUUCAUGAA